AUGUAUAUUGUAGGAGACACCACGACGGGUGUUAUUGACAUAGGAAGCGAGACGGUUAAGAUCGGAUAUUCUGAUGGGCUCUUGCCGAUGGUGUUUGGCCCUAGUGUGACGUGGAGAAACGAGUAUGUGCCACCUGUGGCAAGGUCUGUUAUCAGUGAUGUCGGGUCCUAUCUCAGGAUUUUGAGUGAUAAUAUGCCUCGGGAUGUACAAUCUCUAGUGAUUUCCGAGAACACGAUGGAGGAUGGGGGAGUAAAGAAGGAGGUUCUAGGAUAUCUUAUGGAGAGGCGGAUGUGCGAGUCUGUUCUAUUUGUCAGGAGUGGGAUUCUGGAUGCAUUUUCGUAUGGAAAGACGACUGGGGUGGUUGUCAGCCUUGGAGGAGGAUCAAGCCAGGUCUGCAGUGUUGUUGAUGGGCUCAUCACAUGUAGAAGGCAGAUAGACGUUGGAGGGAUGGACUUAACGCUAGAGUUCAGGAAGGUACUGGAGAGUUCUGGUGUUGAUAUAGAGAAGUUCGUCGACGUAAAGAAAGAUGAGCCUUUGCAUGAAAGGAGAAUGGAGUUUGAGAAGAAUGAAUUUUCCAGACAUGGAAAGGAAAGUGCUUUGAGCCUGAAGAGUGAGGAGACAAGUGAGAAGUAUGAAUUACCUGAUGGAAGAGUCAUUGAAACGGAGGAGUAUCGCAAGGCAGUACCAGGCAUGCUAGGAGGGAUUAUAAAGUUGAUAGUCGAGGUUAUUGAGUCGAAUGGGAUGGAGGCACGGUCUACUUUGAGUGGAAAUAUAUUAGUUGGGGGAGGAUGCGGAGGAAUUUGCGGGAUUGAAAGCUUUAUCUGUGAGGAGAUUGGCAGGGAGAGAAGCAGAUGGAAGGUGAAGGUGUCUGUUGAAAGAAGCCGAUUUAGCACGUUCCAGGGAGGAUGUGUGAUUGGAUCUCUGGGAAGUGCAAGAAGCUUUCAUAUUGGAGUUAGAGACUACGAGGAGUAUGGAGAAAGUAUUUUGGAUAGAAAGAAAUGCGAAUGGAUUGUAGAAGCCUUGUGA